AUGACGCGGUUCACUUUCUCCACCUGAUCCAGAAAGAUCACCACCGCGCUGUUCAUCCGCGCCCGGGACUUAAUGCUGCUGUGCCCGACCUUCUCUCCCACAGCCAGCCCGAUCUCCUCCUCAGUGCAUGGGAAGCCGGCUGAGAUUUUAAUGCCGUGCUUCCGCGUGAGUUUGGCAAACUCCCCAUUUACCAUGGGGUCAGACGCCGGCCGGAGAGACACCGGCAGGAGAAGCCCACAAACAAAACACCCCACAAACACCACCAAAAAGCACGAAAACAUGCACCAGAAGAAGAAGAAGAAGAAGAAAAAGAAGAAGAAGAGUUGAUCUCAUUGCACCAAGAGGAAGAAUGAAGGACACGUCUCUCCUGCUCCUGCUGAGCUCCCUGUUCUGCUGCUCAACAAACGCAGCUCGUCUGACGGUGACUCCCAGCAGAUCUCAGGUAUUUAGAGAUGAACGUGUCUCUCUGAGAUGUGAGGACGCCUCUGAUGGAUGGACUGUGAGGAGAAGCACGAGCUAUGAGAACAGAGCUGAGUGUGAAGACUGGGGAACACCUGCUGGUUCCUCCUGUAACAUCAGCUCCUCUGACCCUGUGGACAGUGGAGUGUACUGGUGUGAGUCCCCAGAGGGAUCCACCAGUAACACCAUCACCAUCACCGUCUCUGGUGGAUCAGUGAUCCUGCAGAGUCCUGUCCUCCCUGUGAUGGAGGGAGAUGACGUCACUCUGACCUGUAGAACAAAGAUGGCCGACCCCCCCUCUGCUGAUUUCUACAAAGAUGGCGUCUCCAUCAGGACUGAGUCUGAUGGUCACAUGACCCUCCACCAUGUUAACAGGUCUGAUGAAGGCCUCUACAAGUGUAGAGUCCAGAAUGAAGGAGAGUCUCCAGAGAGCUGGCUGUCUGUCUCAGAGAAACCCCCCACCACUGCAAGUCCUCCUACCACCAGCUAUGUUUCUUCAAUUUCCACUUCCUCUCCCCCUCCCUCCUUGUUGCUUCCUCUUGCUGCAUCCCUCUCUGUUCUGGUUCUGCUGAUUCUGGUGGCUCUGCUGGUUCUGGUGCGACGAUGCAUCCGAAGGAAACCUGAAGCUGCUGAAGUGGAAAAGGGAGAAGACGUCACAUACAGCGACGUCAAGAUAUCCCAAAGCCGGAAGAAGCCAAUCAAACAGAGCCGACGAAGCCGAGAGAGCGAUCCAGCUGCAGUUUACUCUGAAGUGAAGAAAGACGUCUGUUACGGAGAGAUCGUGAUCAACACAAACAGGAGGAGAGCUGCUGAAGUGGAAAUGGGAGAAGACGUCACAUACAGCGAUGUCAAAACAUCCCAAAGCCGGAAGAAGCCAAUCAAAAAGAGCCGACGGGACAGAGAGAGCGGUCCAGCUGCAGUUUACUCUGAAGUGAAGAAGAAGAGAGACGUCUGUCACGGAGAGAUCACGAUCAACACAAACAGGAGGAGAGCAGAGAUCGUCCCCGAGCCGGACGUCCUGUACUCGUCUCUGAAGUAGACCUGAAGAAGAACUCCUCUGGACAUCUUUUUAUUCUCUGUGUUACUAGUGACUCUACAGUGACUCUUGAGCAGAGGAGUAAAGGCUGUUCUGCUGCUGUGGUUCUGUGGGUUUCACUUCGCUGAUAAACAGCUCCAUUUGUUCUGGUUUGGUCGCGGCUAACCAAGAACAGAAACACACCUGAUAACAGAGGACACACACGGCAGACACACACACUGUGUGCAGUUCAUAUUGUGUAUAUCAAAUCAUGGUGGAAGAAGUACUCAGAUACUUUCUGAAGUAAAACUGCAAAUACUUUGGUUUAAAAUACUUCAUCACCAGUAAAAUAAUUAAACAUGUUCAGUACUUUUGAAUAAUAAUAAAAUAUGGAUAAAGAAACUUCACAAAUAUCAAAUAAUCGAAAAAUAAUAUAUUUUUUAUUUCUGUCACACAAUUUGCUUGACUAAGUAUUUAAAUUAAUUUCAUUUUUAUUUGUUCCGCUCAUGGUACGCAAAACCCAAUGUACAAUAAUUGCCAACAAAACAUGUCUCUAUGAACACACCACUGAGCGAAAAGGAGCAGGGAGAAGAAACAAAUCUUAUAUGACCUGCCUCUUCCUAAAAAACACAAAAUCAAUAGAAAUAGAUGGUCUGUCCUUCAUAUGUUCUUUUUCACAGCCAAACGUAUUCACAGAUAUAACAUAACAGUAUCAAAAAGUACUUAUUUCCCACUUUACGGUUAACGGAAAAAACAAAACAACAACACCAAAACAUCACAUGUAUAAGGAAAAGGAAAAGUGCAACACCCUCAUCCGAGUCCUACUGGAGAAGAAAGUGGAAAGCGGCGCAUAAUAAUAAUAACAAUAAUAAUAAUAACAACAAUAACAAUGGGACCUGCAAAUAAAGAACAGACAUCACAUCAAAGACAUCAACAAUAUGUACCAAUGCAGGACCAGGGUACAUUAUUCACAUUCUGCUUCAUAUAGUCCCAUCUUUCUUCAUUUAUACCAUUUCUUUAACUGAAAAAUACAUAUACAAUUCUUUAGAUCCUUCUGUUGAGAAUUCCACAAUUUUACACCAACCACCGAAACACACAUUUGCUUUAGAGUAGUCCUUGCAUAAGGAUGCUUACAAUGUAAUAUCCUUCUGUGGUCUUCCUUGUCUGAUCCAAAAACAAACAGCUGUUGUAAAUAUCCUGGUAACAUUCUGCUUGUUGCCCUGAGCAUUACUGAUGAUGUCUGCAGCUCAGCUAUCUCUUUGAGUUUCAAGAGUCCUGACUUAAAAAACAGUCUGUUGUUGUGUUCUCUUGAAUCAGCUUUAUGAAUUAUUCUUACUGCCCUUUUCUGUAAUAUUGACAAUGGCUUUAUGUUGCUCAUAUACGUGUUGCCCCAAAACUUCUAUACAGUAAAUAAAACAUGGCAAAAUGAGUGAACAGUACAACAUCCUCAAUGCCUUGUAAUCUAGCAAAUACUUUGCCUUGUUUAGAACAUAAAUAUUCCUAGACACUUUGUUUUUAACAUGUGCUAUGUGUGAUUUCCACGUCAGGUGAUCAUCCAGUGUCACACCUAAACAUCGAAAUUCAGAAACCCUUUCAAUAGAAACUCCAUCAAUGGACAGUGAAAUGUUUUCAUCUUUUUUUCUAUUAGCAAAAACCAUAAACUUAGUUUCAUUCAAAUUUAGGGUUAACUUAUUUUCAUAAAACCAUCUUUUAAGUUUGACCAUUUCAUGUCCAAUACACUUUGCCAAAAUGUUUAAAUCAUCUCCUGAACAAAAGAAAUGGGUGUCGUCUGCAAACAACACAAAUUGCAAUAAUGUUGACGUUUCACGUAUUUCAUUGAUGUACAAAAUAAAAGGUUUAGGCCCUAAAUCCGAGCCCUGUGGGACACCACAUUCUAUGUUCAUACACUCCGAUGUACUACCAGCUAAUUCUACAUAUUGUUGUCUUUUAUCUAAAUAACUUUUUAACCAAUCUAGAACUACUCCUCUCACACCAUAUCUAUGUCAUUUUGAAAUGAAUAGGUAAUGGUCUAUGGUGUCAAAUGUAUUUUUUAAGUCAAUAAAUACACCUAUUGUGUAUUUCUUUCUUUCUAUAGCUGUUGUAAUUUCUUCUGUUAUUUUCAUUAAAGCUGUCGAUCGAUUUUUCCUAAAUCCAUACUGACUCAAUAACUCAUUUCUUUCAAUACAAUUAUCAAAUUGUUGGACAAAGAAUUUUUCAAGGACCUUUGAAAAGUGUGAAAGCAAGGACAUCGGUCUGUAGUUAGUAAAGUGUGAAAGCAAGGACACUGGUCAGAGAUCAUCUUUUAACAUAUUAUUAUAAUAUUCUCUUUUUGCUUGUCUCAUUAUAACUGUCCACUCAUUUGUAUAUGCCUUGUAUUGCUUUCCAACUGCCUUUGUCCUACAUGUUAUGAAGUCUUUAUAAAGAUUAUUUUUCUUCUUGCAA